UCAACCGACGCCGCCAAAUAGCAACCAACACCAUUUUGGAUCAGUUCAACAGAAAUCGAGAAAACCACCAACUUGCCUUGGGUUUUCUUAUUGCAUUUGCCUGAAAUAUUACAAUAUGGCUCUUCCUUUUUUACCAGGGAACAGUUUUACUGAUCCUACCAAAACAAAGUAUCAUAGGCCUCAAACACUGGGAUGGAGAAAUGGCUAUUCCCUCCCGACUCAACCCAUUAUCGGAAUCGGAGGAGAUCCCGUUCCAGUAAACAAGCUUACCCAAGAAGAACUUGAUGAACUUGCAAACAUCAAACCUAGUCUAACCUAUGGCCAAAAGGUGCAAGCUCCACCGGAGGAUUUUGUCCCAGCUCAUGUAGCCUUUGACAAAAAAGUCCUGUUAUUCCAUGGUUACUUCAAACAAACUGUACAUGAAUCCUCAAAUGAGUACUUUCGUGUGAGACCUGUGAAAAUUUACUACUACCUUGAGGAUGAUUCAAUAGCUGUUGUGGAACCAGUUGUGGAAAACAGCGGUAUUCCACAAGGAAAAUUGAUCAAGCGUCAAAGGCUUCCUAAGAAUGAUCUUGGUGAUUAUUGGCAUUGGAAAGACCUAAACCUGGGGAUCAAUGUAACAUUCUAUGGCAAAGUCUUCUUUAUUUGCGACUGUGAUGCUUGGACAAGGGAGUACAUGGCAAGUGAAGGCAUUGACCUGAAUCCCCCAGAGUCCAUCGCAAAGGACCCUUAUAAUGAAUCUCGACAACAACCUCUCCACUCUUACACCACACCCUCCACUUUCGACAAACUAAAGCAGUUCAUUGAGCUGGAUAGAAAAGUUCUGAGAUUCUAUUGUGUCUGGGAUGACAGGGAUAGCAUGUUUGGAGAGAUGAGGCCUUGUAUUUUGCAUUACUACCUUGUCGACGAUACUGUGGAGAUACGUGAAGUUCAUACACCUAACGACGGCAGAGACCCAUUCCCUGUGCUUGUCUGUCGACAGAAGCUUGCUAAGGACAGAACAGAUGUUGAAUCCUCUUUCCCAUCAGUUGUCCUGGAGUUGUCCGACCACGAGAUCAAAGAGUGGUUCAGACCAAGAGAUUUUAUGGUUGGAAGAACCCUACACAUCAUGGGCAGGCGGUUCCUUCUGUAUGAUUGUGAUCAGUACACUAAAGACUUCUACAGGACUAACUUUGGUGUUACAGAAUUCCCUGCUGUUGAUGUAAAAGGGGCACCAAGAGAAUUGUUAGAAAAGGUCACUCCUCCAUAUAAUGGGUUUGGUUCAUUGGAAGACAGUCUUCAGUCCUGCCUUUCGCUAGUGCCACAACCACCCAAGAAGGACUUUAUCAAGAUGUUGGAGAAUGAUCACAAAGUUCUUAGAUAUGCUGCCUCUAUGGAAUCUGUUAGACCAGAAGACAAGAAUCGCCGUUUCAUCAUCUCUUAUCGCUUGGCUGAUGACAUGUUGACGAUCUACGAACCACCUGUCCGCAAUGCUGGUAUAAUCGGAGGCAAAUUUUUGGAGCGCACAAGAGCAAAAAAACCUGGUUCAUCCGUGGAUAAUCCUAACUUCUACAACCCAGCCGAUUUCAAGAUUGACUCCAUCAUCCAGAUCUUUAAGCACAGAUUCCGUAUCACAGACGCUGAUGAGUAUGUUCUCAAGCACCUCGAGUCCCAUGCUGGUCACUACCCUAUCGAGACAAUCAACUCCAUCCGACAGAGGCACGGCAGGCCCCCGACAACCACAGAGGAACUGCUCAACUCCGUGCCACAGGGGGACACAGACCCAAAUGCCCUAAACAGGAAUGGCGACGGUGUGAAGACAGAGUACCAGAGAAGGUUCUAGAUGAAAGCAGAGUACAAGACACCAUCAUUUUAGAUUUUUAUUUGAAGCACAAUCUUGCCUGCUGCAAGCAUGACUUUGUUUUUGUAAAUAAUACGUAAAGCUUGGAAAAUAAUGACAUUGUCUUAUAGGUUGAAGGAAGUUAAAGAUACUUUGAGGGAGUUUAGUCUACACUCUGGAAAUGUACAUUAUAUCAGGAAAUGGUAUUGAAUUUUAUAAUGAAAAGAAAUUUGUAUGUUA